UAGCUUCCGCCCCCUCCGACCGCGAGGCUCCCCCCAUUCCCUGGGCUGCAGCAGACACCGAGUGACAGAGCCAGGGCCGGGGCUGCUGCCAAGAAGCACCGCAGCCCGUUAUUGAAGUCAUGAAUCCUGUUUAUAGUCUUGAAUCUUCUGGGGUUCCCUAUGCAAAUGCCAAAGGAAUUGGUUAUCCAACUGGUUUCCCAAUGGGCUAUGCAGCAGCUGCCCCUGCCUAUUCCCCCAACGUGUACCCAGGAGCAAACCCUACCUUCCAAACAGGUUAUACACCAGAAACACCAUAUGAAGUAUCCUGUUUACCCACCAGUGGUGCAGUGCCACCUUAUUCUUCAUCACCCAACCCCUACCAGACUGCUGUGUAUCCGGUUCGAAGUGCCUAUCCACAGCAGAAUCCAAAUGCACAAAAAGGCACUUACUAUACGCAGCAUUUAUAUGCAGCGCCACCCCACGUAAUCCAUCACCCCACAGCUGUGCAGCCUAAUGGCAUGCCAGCAACUAUGUAUCCUGCUCCAGUUCCACCACCAAGAGGAAAUGGUGUGACUAUGGGAAUGUUGGCUGGGACCACUAUGGCAAUGUCAGCAGGUACUUUGUUGACAACUCUUUCCCCAACUCCAGUAGCCCCUCAUCCAGUUACUAUGCCCACAUAUUGGGCUCCAGGACCACGGACCUAUAGCUAUGUGCCCACACAGUGGUGAUUAUUCCAGUAGUGUAAGUUACCAGUGCCUACAGUUGAAACAGUGGCCUGUAUAUAAAUGGCCACAUGACUGCAGCUUCUUUCAUGGAGAUUUCACAGGAGUUAAGAUAUUCGGGGAAAUUUUACAAUAUGCCAAUUCAGUGAAUAGGGAUAUAAGUAGACUAUUUUGCCUAAAUGUCAGUUCGUUUUGAUCAAGUUGUGUAGGAGGAAGGAUUUUUUUAAACACAAUGUGUUGGGUUUUUUUUAAACUUUUUGAACUGAGUUAAAAAGUCCCAUCCCCCCCAAGCCCUUUGAGUCAUAUUUUUUGGUUGCAUCCUCCCUGGCUGGCUUGCUGAGGUGAGUCAGGGAGUGGAGGUAGCACUCCUUCCCUGGACCCCACUGUGCGGAGCUGGCUCAAGCCCUGCCAGCCCUAGUACCCCCAAAAUUGAAGUAAAACUACACCUAUGCCCAAGGACCCUCCCUCGACCCCGCUGGGCCUUGGAGUUUUUAUAGCAUGUUGAGGGGGGCCCUCUGAAAGAAAAAGUUUGAGAACACCGGAUAUAACUGACAGAUCAAGGAACUUGGUGGUAGGCUUUAGAACUGAAAUUAUCCUUUGUCCACAGUCUCUCAUUAGUAUUACCUAUGAGGGGUUUUUUUGUUUUUUUUUUAAACUACUUGCAUUUAUUUAUAAGCAUCUACCUACUACACUAGGUGAUGAACAAUAAUUACACAAACCUUUAGUAAACUCCACAGGCCAAAUCAGCUGUGAAAAAAGUAUCCAACUCACCACAUCUCACUCAUUCUCUCAUCUUUUCCUUAUCCAACAGCCUCCUCCCCCAGAAAGGCUAGAGAAGCUUUGAAGGGGGUCCUGAAGAUAACCAAACAAAGCUCUAUUAGAUACAUGCGUGAGAGGAGAGGAAGAUAAAUGUAUUGCAGAGUUGAGAAUCCUUCACAGAGUAUGCACUCUCACCAGUCCCCUCUCUUUUAUUAGUUCAUGCAUCUCAUUUAACAUCUGCUGCAGCAUCAUGCGAGGUGACAAGUGGUCUCACAGGUACUCAAGACCCAAAUUAUUCAGAUUUUUACAGGCCAAAACCAAUAUCCUGAACUUCACUCCGAAACCAAGCUGGCAGCCACCCUAGAUCAAGAAGCACAGGUAUAACAUGUUCCUUGAGCUAGCACAGUUUAAUAAGCCUUCAGCACCAGCUUCAAGCCAAAUUUCCAAAUCUUCUGAAGACGUAGAGCUCAUUGCAGCAAGCCAAUCUUCAGGAGACACAAGCAUGAAUCACUGUGGUGAGGUGUGCAUCCAAAAGAGGAAAGGACAGAUAUUUUGCCAGCGGCAGCCCAUAACACGGGAACUUGUCUGCUACAUGAACAUCCAAAAGUAGCUGGACGGGCAAUUAAGCUGGGCAAUUAAGCAAAAUAUCCAGGUUCCAAAUAGCGGUAAAAACUACCAGGCACAAUCCUUUAAUUGAGAUAACUCCUCUGGUUACAUCCCCCAGCCUGUAAAUAUUAUCUCCACUUUAUCUGGAUUGAGCUUCGGUCAGCUAGCUUUCAUCCAGCUCCCGAACUCCAUUAAGUACUGACCAAGUUCUUCAACUGCACUUGUAUGAGAUGGAGAUAGACCCCGUAUGGAAUAGAAACCAGAACUGCCACAUACUGGCCAACAGGCAGUAGAUCCAUGUGUGCCUGGCUCUAUUUGUAGAUUAGUGAUAAAUACUAAAAGUCCAUUGGACUACGAAGCCAGUCCAUAGGGGCUAGAGUAAGCACAGAGUUCUGUACAUAUGGCAUAGUUUUCAAAGCUAACUUCAGAUCUGUAUUCCUUUUCUGUCUUAAAAACAAAACAAAAUUAGGCUGAACAGGCAAAAUUUCUUAAAAAAAAAAAAAAAAGGAAAUAAUAGAAAUGUAGGAUUGGAAGGGACCUUGAUAGGUUAUCUAUUCCAGUCCCCAGCACAGAGGUAGAACUAAGUAGUAUUAUCUACACCAGUGGUGGGCACACUACAGCCCAUGGGCCACAUCCAGCCUGCGGGACCGUCCUGCCCGGCCCUUGAGCUCCUGGACAGGGAGGCCAGCCCCC